ACUCUAUAUUCAGGCACACAUUUUAGCUUCCCAGUUUGGACCUGUGAGAGUGAGAGAAAGAAAGAUGGGAAGGAAGGAAGAUGAUGGUGCAGUGGAGCGAAAGGCUGGAGGAAUGGUGGUAGUGAACCCAAAGCCGCAAGAUAGCAUGAUCUCCAAUGCCAUAGAUUGGUUGGAAUGGAUGAUUGUUAAGAUGAUGCACGAUUCUUCAAAACCGCUUCACUACCUUUCUGGUAAUUUCGCUCCUGCUCCGGAAGAAACUGCUCCUUGUAAAAACCUUCCUGUCAUCGGCCAGCUUCCUGAAUGCCUCAAUGGUGAGUUUGUCAGAGUUGGUCCCAAUCCAAAUUUCACUCCGGUGGCGGGCUACCAUUGGUAUGUCAUUUUAUGACUACCGUUAUCUCAACUGGGUCUUUCAAUAUCCAUGGUCCCAUUUUCUUUUCCUAUAAAGAGUUGUCUUACAUUCUUGCCCCUCUGCCUAGCAUACAUUUGAGUAAUGUCAAAUAUUUUCUAAGCUGUGGCAUUGGCUAUUUUGUAGGAACAGUAAAGCACCAAUGUUAUAAUAUUAGGUCACUAGCUUAUUCUCGUUUUUCUUAUUUGCAGGUUUGAUGGAGAUGGAAUGAUUCAUGGCUUGCGCAUCAAAGAUGGAAAAGCAACAUAUGUCUCUCGUUUUGUGAAGACAUCACGUCUGAAGCAAGAACAGUUUUUUGGAGGAGCUAAGUUUAUGAAGAUUGGAGAUCUCAAGGGCUUCUUUGGACUGGUUAUGGUUUACAUGCAAAUGCUAAGAGCAAAGCUGAAAGUAUUAGAUGUUUCCUAUGGAACUGGCACGGCCAAUACAGCUCUUAUUUAUCACCACAGGAAGCUUUUGGCACUUUCAGAGGGCGACAAACCAUACGUCGUUAAGGUUUUGGAGGAUGGAGAUCUACAAACACUUGGCAUGCUGGAUUAUGAUGAGAGAUUGUCACAUCCCUUUACUGCUCAUCCGAAGGUUGACCCAAUAACGGGAGAGAUGUUUACCUUCGGCUAUUCCACUACUGCACCCUAUCUCACAUACAGAGUUGUAUCGAAGGAUGGAGUUAUGAAUGAACCAGUCCCAAUAACAAUACCAGAACCUGUCAUGAUGCAUGAUUUUGCCAUCACUGAGAAUUAUGCGAUUUUCAUGGAUCUCCCUUUAUAUUUCAGACCAAAGGAAAUGGUUAAAAACAAAGAGUUCAUAUUUAAAUUUGAUAGAACAAAAAAGGCACGCUUUGGAGUCCUGCCACGCUAUGCAAAGAAUGAAACAUUAAUCAAAUGGUUUGAGCUUCCUAACUGCUUCAUAUUUCACAAUGCAAAUGCAUGGGAGGAGGGAGAUGAAGUUGUUCUGAUUACAUGCCGCAUUGAAAAUCUAGAUCUAGACAUGGUUAAUGGAGCUGUCAAAGAUGAUCUUGAGAAUUUUGCAAAUGAGUUGUAUGAAAUGAGGUUUAACAUGAAAAGUUGUCAAGCUUCACAAAAGAAACUGUCUGAGUCUUCUGUUGAUUUUCCAAGGGUGAAUGAGAACUACACUGGGAGGAAACAACGAUAUGUUUACGGGACCAUAUUAAACAGCAUUGCAAAGGUCAAAGGGAUUAUCAAAAUUGAUUUGCAUGCUGAACCGCAGACUGGAAAAACACAGCUUGAAGUGGGAGGAAAUGUUCAAGGCAUCUUUGACCUAGGACCUGCCAAAUUUGGUUCUGAGGCUAUUUUCAUUCCUCGCCAGACAAGUAGCACAUGUGAAGAGGAUGAUGGCUACUUGAUAUUCUUUGUACACGAUGAGAACACCGGGAAAUCAGCAGUGGAGGUCAUUGAUGCAAAAACAAUGUCAUCUGAUCGUGUUGCUGUUGUUGAAUUGCCCAAAAGAGUUCCUUAUGGGUUCCAUGCCUUCUUUGUUACUGAGGAACAACUUCAAACCCAAGCAGAAACAUGAGAUCAAAAGUUCACCAGAACAAACUAUUAUGAUUGAAGCAAGCGAGCAUAGAAGUUCUUGUGCCAAGUGUUCUUGUGAAUAACAGCUAUCACUUGCCGUGACUUUAUUUUCAAUAUCUGUAUCUGAAAUGAACAUAUUAUUUGAAACCUCCGGACUCCGGUAUUGAAUAAAGGUAGUGUAUACUUGUAAACAAAUAAAUCAGUUAAAUAAUUGGUUCUUGGGUAAAAAACUCUAUUCAGACAUUAGGAGCCAAGAAUUGGUUUAUGUAGCUAAAGGUUUAUGACGUGCAGUUUGAUCCCUAUUAAUUUAUUAAUUUAUAGCAAUACCAACAAAAUGAACACAA